CGGGAAAACAUCAACACCCGAAAGAGUUGGGAACGCCUCCAGUCACGACGUUGUGGUGUUUUAUUUUGGCGGACGGCGGAAGUGCGUGUUGUAUUGCGGCGGGCUUCACUGUGGUCCAGAGACCGAGGAGACGAUGUGACUACAGCCUCCGUCGUGUUCCUCGUCGGCCCUCUGCUCGCUCCGCUGGUUUGUUUGUGUCCCCCUCCCCUGCGUUUUUACCGUCGACAUGGAGCUCGGUGGAAACUAGCAGGCGCUCAGCUCCACGUCUUCAGCCUUACAUCGGAGAAUGAUCCACCGGCAGGUUUUUUUAUCCCAGGUUUUGGUCUGCUUUGGGUUGACUGGUCAUUAUGCUGAUGCAGCUCUGUAGUAUCAAGAACUUGUACCAGAAUCGGUUCCUGGGCCUGGCGGCCAUGGCCUCCCCGACCCGCAGCAGCCAGACCCGCCAGCGCUGUAAGGAUGCGGUUCGUCACAGUUACGGCCCAGAGAGCUACGCUGUGAAUGGUCUGAACCAGGAGGCCUUCAUGCUGGGGCUGUCACGGUCGACCAGCGACACUGAUCUGGUGUCGCCGGACGCUCGCUCCACCCUCACCAUCAGCUCCUCCCACUACACCAUUGGCCAGUCCGAAGACCUGGUGAUCACGUGGGACAUCAAGGAGGAGGUGGACGCUGGAGACUGGAUCGGAAUGUAUCUCAUUGAUGAGGCCUUGUCUGAGAACUUUCUGGACUAUAAGAACCGCGGCAUCAAUGGCUCUCACAAAGGACAGAUCGUCUGGAAAGUCGACUGCAGCUCCCACUUCAGUGACUCUGAGACACAGGUCUGCUUCAGGUACUACCACGGAGUCACCGGAGCACUGAGGGCAACCACGCCCAGCGUGACCAUCAAGAAGGGCCCUGUGCCGGUCUUAAAGCCGGUGGUUAGUCCUGAGGUCAACCAUGGACUGGGCAACAGGAGACUCAUUAACUUCUCCCUGUCAGACCUCCAGGCAGUCGGUUUGAAGAAGGGGAUGUUCUUCAACCCCGACCCGUACCUGAAGCUCUCCAUCCAGCCUGGAAAACACAGCAUCUUCCCCUCGCUGCCUCACCACGGCCAGGAGAAACGCUCCGGGGUGGUCUGCAACACAGUCAACCCACAGUGGAGCACAGAGAGGUUUAACUUUGUGUCUCUGCCCACUGACGUUCUGGAGAUUGAGGUGAAGGAUAAGUUUGCCAAGAGUCGGCCAAUCAUCAAGCGCUUCCUGGGGAAGCUGUCCGUCCCAGUCCAGAGGCUGCUGGAAAAACAUGCCAUUGGGGAUCGGGUGGUGAGUUAUACACUGGGGCGCAGGUUGCCCACGGAUCAUGUCUGCGGCCAGCUGCAGUUCCGCUUCGAGCUGUCUUCUUCUAUUCACCCAGAUGAUGAGGAGAUCUCUCUGGUGAUAGAGGCAGCCUGUCCUGAGAGGGAAAACGCAGCCAAUCACAACCAUGUUCUCGAAGCACCUGAUGACGACACACUGAGUGUGGGACCUGACAUGCCCGACCUCCCGCUGGACGCUCCCCCAGACCCUCAGACCUCCCCGCCACAGCCCCCAACACCCGAGGGGGCUCAACCCGCUGAGAAGGAGGAGGCCGAGGAGACACCCGAGGCGGAGGAAGGGACGGUGGAGGAGGAGAGCACGGUGAGGGAGGAGCCCCCCUCUGCAGAGCCACAGGUGGGGAGAGAGGAGGUGGCCUCUGCUGAACAGCAAGAGGAGAACUGUGGAGUGACAGGGGAGGAGGGAGAAAGGGAGGAGAGGCAGCUGGUGGAUGAAGUGGAGGAGGAGCAGGUAGCAGAGUCUGCGACCCAAGCUGAGCAGGAGGUGACCGGAGAAGAGCAGGAGGUCCGGGAGGAAACACAGCCAGAGCCUGACUCUGACAGUCCUGCAGCAGUUACCGCAAACAGCGAGGCUGCUGCUGACGAGGCCCCCGCAGAGGAGAACACCACGGCCCAGGAGGCUCCUGUACAACCGGCAGAAGGAGCCACACAGGGGGUAACAGAGGGAGGAGAAAGAAGCUGUGUCCCCUGCGCCUGCCAGUCCCUCUUCUCAAACUAUAACUCCCAAGGUCCCUCACGCCGCAAAAACCGCCCCUGUUCCCUGCCGGUGUCGGAACUGGAGACGGUGAUCGCGUCAGCCUGCGGUGAGCCGGAGACACCUCGAUCACACUACAUCAGGAUCCACCACCUCCUCCACAGUCUCCCCUCGGCCCAGCAGAGAGCCCCCAGCCAGGAGGAGGAGGAGCCCGGGGAGGGAGACACCACCUCCACAUCACCGACACUUAAAACCUCCAAGGACGGGGAGGGGCAUGAGGACGAGGAAGACGAGGACACAACACUAUCUCCCUCUCAGGUCCCAGAGUGUCCAGGCCCCUGCUGCCGUCGCUCUCUACCCCGCAGCCUCUCAAUUGAACGUCUCUCUGAGCUCACCCAGCUCCUGGACGGUGGGGGAGUCGGACAUGUUGUCAGGAGGAUCUCUCCUUCCUGCCUGGAGAGCGAGGAAGGGGAUUCGAGCAACGGAGGUGGGAGAAGAGUCGGCGGGGGCGCCCUCAGACCUCCAGGCGAGAGCGAGUGUGAGUUUUGCGACACCUCCUGCUACAGCACCUCCUGCUACAGCACUUCCUGCUACAGUACGUCGUGCUACAGCAACUCAGGCUACGAGGGGAGGAACCGCUUCUGCAGCCACACCCGCCUCUCCUCAGUGGACAGCAACAGACUCUCCGGCAGCACCGUGUUCUCCUCCCAGGAUGAAGACGAAGACGAGGAGAGCGCCUUCGAGUCGGUACCUGAUGUCGGCCAAACGGCAGAGGGCCAGGAGGCGGGCGGGUCGGGAGGAGAGAGGAGGACGGGCAGGUGGAAGGAGGCCAGGAGGGGAGAGCAGGGGGAGCCGGCUGUGGCGGGGCCCAGUGACAGGAGCAGCUUCGGCUCAGACCUCUCCCCUCCUGUUGGCCAUCUUCCAGUCCUGCGACCCAGCCAUGACCUAAACCAUUUUCCUGCUGCCACUGACCCAGCCUUACCUCCAAACUGGGAAGCUCGUAUCGACAGCCACGGCAGAGUUUUCUACGUCGACCACGUCAACCGCACCACAACCUGGCAGAGACCGAGCCACAGCGGCAAGUGUCACCACGGCAUCCCCCGCUCGGGAUCCACCCAGCAGAUGGAACAACUCAACAGGAGGUACCAGAACAUCCAAAGGACCAUGGCGACGGAGGAGGAUGGCGGGGGUCCGAGGUUAGAGCGGAGCAGCAGUACAGAGGCCGACUCAGACGCUCCGCAGACAGGCCCCUCCUCUCCUGUCAAUCACCAGAAGAUCAAUCAUCUCCUCCAGUCACCUGCCGUCAAGUUCAUCACACACCCUGAGUUCUUCACUGUGUUGCACAGUAACUAUGCAGCCUACCGGAUGUUCACCAGCAGCAGCUGCGUCAAACACAUGAUCCUGAAGGUGCGGCGCGAUGCCAGGAACUUUGAGCGCUACCAACACAACAGAGACCUGGUUGUUUUCCUCAACAAGUUUGCAGACACUCAGCUGGAGCUGCCGCGGGGCUGGGAGAUCAAGACUGACCCCCAGGGCAAGUCGUUCUUUGUGGACCACAACAGUCGGGCCACGACCUUCAUCGACCCUCGCAUCCCCCUGCAGAACGGCCGGCUGCCCGGCCACCUCGCCCACAGGCAACAUCUGCAGAGACUACGCAGCUACAGCGCUGGGGAGGCGUCUGAUGUGUCCAGGAGUCGCGGGGCGUCUCUGAUGGCCAGACCUGGCAACAGCCUGGUGGCCGCCAUCCGAAGCCAGCAUCACCCUGACCCACAACAACUGAGCGCUCCAUCUUACAAUGACAAGAUCGUGGCGUUCCUUCGACAGCCCAACAUAUUUGACAUGUUGCAGGAGAGACAGCCCAGCCUGAGCAGGAACCACGCACUGAGGGAGAAAAUCCACUACAUUCGGACAGAAGGGACUCAGGGGGUGGAGAAGCUGUCAUGUGACGCAGACCUAGUCAUCCUGCUGAGUUUAUAUGAAGAGGAGAUCAUGUCUUAUGUCCCGCCUGUCCCUAUCCACCCUGGCUUCAGCUUCUCUCCUCGCUGCUCCCCCGGCUCCUCGCCACAGAACUCUCCUGGUUUGCAGAGGGCCAGAGCUCCAGCUCCCUACCGCAGAGACUUUGAGGCCAAACUAAGAAAUUUCUACAGGAAGUUAGAAGCCAAGGGAUACGGCCAGGGACCAGGCAAGAUCAAGUUGCUGAUCCGGAGAGAACACCUGCUGGAGGGAACCUUCAACCAGGUGAUGGCGUACUCCCGCAAAGAGCUGCAGAGGAACAAACUCUAUGUUACUUUCCUGGGGGAGGAAGGAUUAGACUACAGCGGCCCGUCCAGAGAGUUCUUCUUCCUCCUGUCUCAGGAGCUGUUCAAUCCGUACUAUGGCCUGUUUGAGUACUCGGCCAACGACACCUACACCGUUCAGAUCAGCCCCAUGUCGGCAUUCGUUGAGAACCAUCUGGAAUGGUUCCGUUUCAGUGGUCGUAUCCUGGGCCUGGCUCUGAUCCAUCAGUACCUGCUGGAUGCUUUCUUCACCAGACCCUUCUACAAGGCUCUGCUUCGACUGCCCACCGACCUGUCUGAUCUGGAGUAUCUGGACGAGGAGUUCCACCAGUCACUGCAGUGGAUGAAGGACAACGACAUCACUGACAUCUUGGACCUCACCUUCACUGUUAACGAGGAGGUCUUUGGACAGGUGACGGAACGGGAGCUAAAGUCGGGUGGCUCCCACAUCCAGGUGACCGAGAAGAACAAGAAGGAUUACAUAGAGCGGAUGGCCAAGUGGAGGGUGGAGAGAGGAGUGGUGCAGCAGACGGAGGCGCUGGUCAGAGGCUUCUACGAGGUGGUCGACUCCAGGCUGGUAUCUGUGUUCGAUGCCCGGGAGCUGGAGCUGGUUAUUGCUGGGACGGUAGAGAUCGACCUCGGUGACUGGAGGAGCAACACCGAGUACAGAGGAGGCUACCAUGAUGGUCACAUCGUGAUGCGUUGGUUCUGGGCCGCCGUGGAGCACUUCAACAACGAGCAGCGCCUCCGCCUGCUGCAGUUUGUCACUGGGACGUCCAGUGUGCCCUACGAGGGCUUCGCCGCGCUGCGGGGGUCCAACGGCCUCCGCCGCUUCUGCAUUGAGAAGUGGGGCAAAGUCACGUCACUACCCAGGGCUCAUACGUGUUUUAACCGCCUGGACCUGCCUCCGUACCCAUCGUACACCAUGCUGUACGAGAAGUUGCUGAUCGCGGUGGAGGAGACCAGCACGUUUGGCCUGGACUGCAGAGAUGAUCACGGGGAACGUGAACACAGGAUGUUUCUGUUAGCGACACAGUCCUCUUCUCUCCCGCUGAACUCGCGCAGACACCCAGUCCGGUUGUGCUGCGCUCACGGGGCGGCGGUGGCGAGGCCUUAUCCUCUCAUCUGUGCGAGCGCGAGGAAACAGCUGUGAUUAUGUUGCAUCUCCCCUCUCUUCUUUUCUACAAUCUUUUCUACUGUUAUUUAUACUGUAUCAUAUUUAUAAGUGAAGGGGAGCCCCGGAGCUUUCCCUUGAAUGUUUUGUUUGUUUGCAGUUUUGUUUUUUUUUUUGACGUCGUGACAAGAAGCAUCAUUCAAAGAGUUUGCCUUCACUUUUGAAGCCUUUUGUGUUUUGAUAUGUAUCGAUAUCUUUUUUCUAUUAUCUAUCUAUCAAGCUGGCUGGUUGGGAGAUAUGCUACCGCAGAGUCUGUUUCCGUUUUAUUUCCAUUCAGCUCGAAGUUUCCCUCUUUUUACUCUGGUGGCAUUGCCAGGUCCGUCAUUGACAUUCUGUCUUUUUCAGGAUUCUUUCUUGUUUUUUUUUUCAUGUCACAAAUGUAUAACUAUGUCAUAUAUUUCAGAGCUGCAUGUCUCCAGCGAGCCAUGUGUGGUUUGGACAGUUUAUGGCAACGAAUGACAUGCAAACGAAAGAAGAUUUUUGUAUGUGAUUUGCUGAAAUUGUACAGAGGUCAUGUUUUUAUUGUUGACUCCACACACUGUAGAUCUCAUAUUUAUUGUGGAAAAAGGAUCAGAGAAGACCACUCCCAUGACACUGAGGUGUAAGCGCAUCGAUAGAAGCUAUUAUAGAAAUAUUUAAAUAAGCUUUUGGGGGAAGUGAAGAAUGAUGGGAUGUCUUCAGAGAGGUACGGUGGGGGGGCAAAUUGUAGCAGCUGUUUGUAUCUGUGUCUUUAUUUAUUUAUCUAUUUAUUUUUCAUUCUUUUUUUUAAUGGAACAUGUAACUGGUCAGGUGGACGGUGCUGGAAGGUGACACUGAAGCAUGCAAACUCUCCAUCUGGUUUCUAGUUGUGUGUGUGGGAGUGUGUGUGUGAGUGUGUGUAUGUGUGUGUGUGUGUGUGUGUGUCUGUAGAUAUACACGUGUCCAUAAUGUUGACGGGUACAGUUCUGAUUUGUCUGAGAACGGGUUGCUAAAUACUCAGGCUGUGCUACCGCUCCACCACACAACACAACUGUUUAUGAAUCUCAAUUAAAAAAACAGCUCACUUUGUUA